GGUCAGAGUGAAAAAGCAUAUAAAAGUGGAUUUACUCUAAUUAAGGAAAAUGUCAAAAAUGCAUUUGGAGGACAAGGUUAUCCUUCUAUAUUUUUAACUGAUAAUUCUGAUGCUGAAAUAAAUGCUCUUAUGACAGUAUGGCCAAAUUCAACUUCACUUUUAUGUAUUUUUCACGUUAUGCAAGCAGUCUGGAGAUGGUUAUGGGAUAGCAAAAAUAGUAUAAAGAAAGAACAUCGGACAUUAAUGAUGCAAGCAUUUAGGAAGAUGUUAUAUUCUGAUACUGCUGAAGAAGCUCAAAAAGCAUUUUACUCUACUCUUGAUGCAGGGAGCAUAUAUCCAAAAUGGCAGAAAUAUGUAAUUGUACAUCACUGGGAGCACAAAGAGCGUUGGUGUUUAGCUUGGAGGGACCAUACAACUAGAGGCCAUCACACAAAUAAUUAUAGUGAGGUGUCAGUUAGAAUUUUUAAAGAAAAUGUGUUAUGCCGAGUAAAAGCAUAUAAUGUAGUUUCACUUGUAGAUUUUUGCUGCACAAAAUUAGAAGAGUAUUAUAAAAAAAAAUGCCUUGAGUUUUCCAACGACAGAAAAGCUACAGCUAGAUUGUAUUUUGAAAGCAUAAUCAAGAAAAGUAAUUAUAUUACAAAAGAUAAAAUUAUUGUAGAAAAUGAGCAUUACUAUGUUCCUAGUCAAAAUAACCAACAACUGAUGUAUUGUGUUGAGCCAAGUAUAGGAAUUUGCUCUUGUAAGGAUGGUAUGUACGGAAGAUUUUGUAAACACCAAGGAAUAAUUUAUGUAUUUUUUAAAUGUAUUGGGGUUAAUUUUCCACCUAUAACUGUAGAGGAUAAAUUUUCAAUAUCAAAAUUAGUAUUGGGCGAUAAAGCGCCCAGUAAGACAUUUUAUGAAGGACUUAUACCUAAAGAGGCAUUAUACCAGCAACAUGAGACUCAUCUAGUACACUUGCCUAUAACAGAAAUACACAAACAAGAUGUACAUAACACACAUGAAAAUGAUCAUGAUAUUACAAAAAAACAAAUGUUAAUAAAAAGUAUACCAGUAUUCAAUGCAGAUAGUCUGAUACCAAAUAUACAGGAUAGUUUUACUGUAUUGGAAGAUAAAAAAACUUUAUUGACUAACAAUGUAAAAAAGUUCAAUCAAUCUACUCUUGAAAAUUUACUUCAAUUUAAAAAUAGAUUGGAUAAAGUUUUUCAAGAAGGGCAAUUUAAUACAUUUUUAGCAACUGCUGGUUCUAUGACAAUACCAUUACGGCAUAAAGAUGGUGCAGCUAUUAGAGUACAGCCGGCUACAAUUUCUAGGCGAAGACCAGGGAUAACAAGAGGUAGCAAGAGUUUACCAUCAGGUAGACCAGCUUUAAGUGAUCAUGGUCCAUCUAAAAAACCCCAGGAAACUAUUACAAAACAUUAA